AUUUGUGUAAUAGACUUGUCUUAAACUUUGGCGCGAAGGUGUAACUAUAAAUUGACAAAUUUUAAAGACGUUCAACUUUAACUUAAUGCAAAUUAUUUUAAUAUUAAAUUUUUGUGUGUUGUCUUUACGUGUUUCGAGGGAAAAUGUGCAAUGUGUUCUGAAUAAUUGAAACGCUUUGAUUCAUCGAUAUGCUGCACCAUUACAAUUACUCCAACCCCUUAUCGCAGUUUUUAAGUUUUCACCAGUUGGAUGAGCAAACGACGCCGGAAAAUGAGCACACAUCUAGUAGUAUUUGCGACGAACAAAUUGAUGCGCGGUACAGGAGCUCAUCGACAUCGGUGUCUUCCACAAGUAAAUCGUUUACAAUUGCCGCAAUCUUAGGUUUAAAAAAUGAUAAUACGACUGAUGUUCAAAAUUCGCCAACUGAUCUUACGGCAGUAGUUAACCUAAGCGUACAUCAAAGUGCUGCAGAACGAGCUUUGGUAUCUAGUUGCAGCAGAUUGCAACUUCCGGUUCGUCAUAGUUCUUCAGCAGUCAGCGUGACAGGACACUAUUCUGUCGCUUCUUCGUGCUCUACUAGACACACAGUGCGAGGCCUAAAGCAUAUACCCCCCGGUGUUAUGAGCAAGAAGAGUUGCAAGAGUAAAAGAGUGCGCACCAUUUUUACGCCCGAACAACUUGAACGCCUGGAAGCGGAAUUUGAAAGGCAGCAAUAUAUGGUCGGGCCUGAGCGAUUGUAUCUUGCUCACACACUUCAGUUAACAGAGGCACAGGUGAAAGUAUGGUUCCAAAAUCGUAGAAUCAAGUGGCGAAAGCAUCAUUUAGAACUAACUCAUCAACGUUUAGCGGCUCUGAAACAACAACAAUUACUUCUUAGUGAAGUGCAAGUUGAUAAUCAGGACACAAAUAGUUCAAGCACAGACAAUACGUGAAACUUUAUCGAUCGCAAUAUGAAAAGUAAAUAUAAAAUAAACGUGUAAGUGCAAUGUGUACCUCUAGGAGGGUAUCAAAAACG